UCUAUGGCACACAGAUGGCUCCACUCUGAUCUGAGACUGGGCUGGGAGCAAUAUUUCAUUCCCCUCAAUACACAAAGCGUGCAUAACCCUCCCAUCAUGGAAAUUUUUCUUCUGGUUGAACAGAUGAAGUGACUGUUCUUCAAAAAUAACACAGAGAAAAGAUCUUGACCAUGUGGAUGUGAUUAUAUUCCCUGUUCGUAUGUUGAAGUGCUCACUAUCGACACAUGACUUUUAAAAUUUUAUAAUAUGACCAAAGACGGUGCCCAUAUUAAGUACUCCUUAAAUGUGUGUGCCCCGGGGAAAAUGGGCGACCCUCGGAAGGCGAACUGGGAGGACCCAAUAGGUUCGGUCACUGUACCCCUGUAUAACCGGAUGAACUUUUCCACCGUCCCACGGAAAGGUGCUCACAGGAAGGCAUGGUACCUUGUACAACAGACCUAUGCCUCACAGAACCAGGCUAACUCCAGAAUGGAGGAAUCCAUGACCCCUGACCUUUUCCACUCACACAACCAUCCAGAGAGGAUGAUCCGCAAAAUGGAGCAGUAUGUGGAGAAGCGGCAGUUGUGUGACGUCACCCUCGUCGUGGGCAACAAGCGGAUUCCUGCUCACCGAUUGGUCCUCAGUGCAGCUUCGGACUAUUUUGCAGCAAUGUUCAUGAAUGAUGUGAAAGAGGCCUCCAUGGAAGAAAUCCGGAUGAAGGACGUAGAUCCAGAUGCCAUGGUAGCCAUUGUCAACUAUGCCUAUACAGGUAAGAUCCCGCUCCAGGAGGACACGGUUGAGAGCCUUCUGUCCACGGCCUGCCUCCUUCAGCUGUCUGAGGUGGUAGAGGCAUGCUGUAGCUUCCUCAUGAAGCAGCUCCACCCCUCAAACUGUAUCGGGAUCCGCCAGUUCGCUGAUGCUCAGGGAUGCUCCAAUUUGUACAAAGUCGCCAACACCUAUCUCAUGGAUAAUUUUGUUCAAGUAAUGCACAAUCAGGAAUUUCUUCUGCUACCUGCUGAUGAAGUCUGUCGUCUGCUUGCCAGUGAUGAUCUAAAUGUUCCAGAUGAAGAAACUAUAUUCCAGGCCCUGAUUAUGUGGGCUAAACAUGAUCUGAUGAACAGAAAGAAAUAUUUAUCCAAGCUUCUUGCCCACAUCAAGUUACCUCUAAUGUCUCCACAGUAUAUUGCUGAUCAUGUCGAAACAAACCCAUUAUUUCGAGAAGAGAAAGAAUGUCAAGCCCUGAUCAUGGAGGCCUUAAAAUAUCAUCUGUUGCCAGAGAGACGGUCAUCUUUCCAGAGUCCCAGAACCAAGCCCAGAAAAUCCACAGUGGGUCUCAUGUACGCUGUGGGUGGCAUAGAUUGUAACAAAGGUGCCACAACUAUUGAAAAAUAUGACCUACGUACCAACUCUUGGACCCAAGUUGCCAACAUGAGUGGGAGGCGACUUCAGUUUGGAGUGGCAGUAAUCGAAGACAAACUGUACAUAGUGGGAGGGAGAGAUGGACUUAAGACAUUAAAUACAGUAGAGUGCUUCGACCCAAAGAAGAAAUCCUGGAACCUGAUGCCUCCUAUGUCUACACACAGACAUGGCCUGGGGGUGGGGGUAUUGGAGGGACCAAUGUAUGCUGUGGGGGGACACGAUGGGUGGUCUUACCUGAACACUGUGGAACGGUGGGACCCUCAGGCCAGACAGUGGAGCUUUGUGGCUCCCAUGUCAACCUCUAGGAGCACAGUGGGAGUGGCAGUGUUGAUGGGAAAACUGUAUGCAGUUGGUGGUCGAGAUGGCAGCUCUUGUUUGAAGACAGUGGAGUGUUUCGAUCCACACACAAACAAGUGGUUACACUGCAGUCCUAUGUCUAAGAGGCGAGGCGGAGUGGGUGUGUCUACAUGUAACGGUUUCCUCUAUGCUGUAGGAGGUCACGAGGCCCCAGCCUCUAAUCCUUCAUGCUGCAGAUUUGACUGUGCUGAAAGAUAUGACCCUAAGACUGACCAGUGGACCAUGAUAGCUAACAUCAGCUCCCCUCGUGAUGCGGUGGGGGUGUGUAUUCUGGGGGACAGGGUGUUUGCUGUUGGGGGAUAUGACGGUCAGCAUUACCUUCAGGAUGUGGAGUCCUAUGACCCUGUCACAAACGAGUGGUCCAAGAUGGCAGCCCUUUGUACCGGCAGAGCAGGUGCGUGCGUCGUCCACGUCCCUAACAGUUGACAUAAGAGGAAGUGGUCACUGUCUUCUCUACGGAAGUGGCCAUCCGGAUUCUUUCGCCGCAAGAACAAAAAUCAGGACAGACAUAUGAUUGUGUGACCAAAUUUAAAUGAACCAAUCAUCACGUUGACACUCUGCGGCCAUCCACAUAUCAACAUGGUGCUCACAGUUUGGCCUGAGUUGGCCAAGAAUAGCCAUUGAAUUCAAUGCAAAUUGAAGCUUUGAUGAUGCAACAAAUCGACGUCUCUUUUCAACCUGUGAUAAUCACUUUUUGAUAAAAAGCUUUUAUACCAAAUAACCAACAGAAAUGUAAAGAAUGCUUUAUUUUACGAGAAACAUGAAUUUAAGAAUAAUGCAUAUUAUAUAUAAAUUUUGAAAUCUCCUUACAUAAAGUGUUAGCCAUGGGUGUACAUGUAUGUGAAUCAAAGACUUGUGGUCAGUUUGUAGUGCUGUAGUGCUUAUUCAUGUGUCAGAUCUGUCUCUAUAUGUUUGGUUCUAUGUUCUUGAAUUCAUUUUGAUUGGUAGUUUGUUAGUUUUUUUGGAUGUAUAUAUGUGAGUUUAUUGUAUGAUGAUUUUUGUUAGUUCAUAUAGUACUGUCAGUUAAUAUUUUGUGCAAUAUCCUUCCUAUAAUCCCCCAGUCUCCACUGCUAGCCUCAUUGUUUGGUUGUCUGAAACUUUAAAAUGAUAGUUUCAAUUGAAAAAGAAACAAAGCCUCUAAUGAUUGGUUGUAAGGUGUACAUCUCAAAGUAAAACACUUUCUGAUUGGUUGUAAAAUAUUUAACCAUGUACAAAUUUCUCCAAUAACUAUAUAACCCCCCUGCUUCAGUAGAUACACUGCUAAGAUCUGAGAAAUCAGUCAUGUUAAGUUCAGCAUUAUCUGAUAGAUAUUAGGCAGAGGGCAUUACAGGUGUGACAUUAUAUGCAUGCCAGAUUUACUUGCUUUUUGGUACAUGUGCACAUGCAUGUCAGUAUAGACUAUAGUAAAAUGCUUUUAAUAUUUUGCCUUAUUGCUUGCCUUUCAUUUUCACUGUUUGGAAGAAAACAUUUGCAAUUUAAUUGAGUAUACUAAUCACUCUCUUCUUUUUAUUAGAUGCUGCACAUUUUAAAUCAAUCAUAAUGGACCAAUUUACAACACAUUUAUUCAUAGGCAUUUUUCAGAGCCAUUUUAUCUAAUAUUGCUCACAGCAUACCAAAUCAUAUUAACAUCGAAAAACUUGUCUUCCCUCGUAAUUAAUCCACAAAUUACAGUUCAUGUGAAGUGCUAGUCAUUGUAAAUACUAUGUAGAUGUAGUAUAUGUUUAUAUAAGUUUGGAUUGUUAGAUACAUUUAAGCAUGAAGUUCACAUUAUAUAAAAGGAGGACUAAGAGAAUAUGUACUGGCUUAUUGCUACUAUUUUAGUGCUAAAUGGUUUUCUGAUAUUUUCAGUUGGUUAUUUGUAGAGAAAAGUUUGUUGCAUUUGAAACAAUCUUUUGUGUAUUUAUAUGUACAUAUUCUGAUUCAUUCUUUUAAACGUUUUUUAUUGGAUCUUUUUGUAAACAUUUUUUGAACAUAAUAAAACUGAGAAAUUUAUCAAA